AUGCACUCACAUGUUGCCAAACUUGCGCAGACCGAAGAGGUCGGCACCGUGAGCCGAGUCAUUGAAGGCGAACGAGCUGUUGGCGUAGAUAGGGACAGCAAGGGCGUUGGUGGCAGGGUCCACCUCCUGGCCAGCGUGCAGCUGGAGCGUAUCGAAGUUCGAAGCAAAGUUGGCAGACAUUGUGGGACCGACAAGAAGCUGGAGCAGAUCUUCUCGAAAUUGGUCUGUGCUGAUAUGCUGCAUGGCCUGUCAGGGUCUGCGCGAAGCGGGGCCAUUCAAAGAGGAAAGGAUGCAGCAGACACCAUCACGUCCACGAAUGGCGUGCUUUUGCUUUGCCGGAAGCUGACAGAUUUUCUCUCUGCCUUCAGGUCGCUCGUCUCUGCAGAAACAUUCCUCUAUCCGACACCUGGGAUCUGCUGGCCUUUGCGGCGUCGUGGUAAUUGCACAUCAGACAUGACGGAUCCUCUGGAUCUCUCGCUCGAUUUGCUGCGUCGUUUGCCGCCCUCCAAGGUGGAGCAGAACCUCGACUCGAUCGUCAAGCUUAUCCCCUCAUAUGCAGACGAUCUCUACUCGUCGGUCGACCAGCCGCUCAAAGUCAAGCUUGACCAGUCAAAGCAAGGCUCUGGGCGAGAAUACUUGUGCUGCGACUACAACAAGGAUGGCGACAGCUGGCGAUCGUGGAUCUCAGACACUUACCACCCACCUAUCACACCGAGCGCUGACGACACUGCCGAUGGAGAGCCAGGGACAAGACCCAGCGCACCGCUGAGAUCGCUGGAGCUCAAGGCAAAUGACGCGUUCGAGACGUACGCGCGGCUCUACUACGACAACGCCCUCUCCAGUGUCUACCUCUGGGACCUGGACAGCGAUCCAAGCUCGCUUUCUGGCGCUACGGUUGCAGGCACCCAGGCGCCAUCCACGUUCGCCGGCGUAGUUCUGCUGAAGAAGACCAUCGGUCAGGACGGCAGCAACGGCAUUUCUGGCGCCUGGGACUCAAUCCAUGUAUUCGAGGCAACAGAACGCGCCGGCGGCGGGUCCAAGUCUGCCUCUACCGGCACGGGCGUCAGCGCAAGCUACAAGCUCACCUCCACUGUCAUGCUUGGCCUCGUCCGCCGCGACGAAGGCGCCGAAGAUACAUCGGACCUCAAACCAUCUUCCACGAAAGUGGGGACCGUCGAGAUCGCCGGCAGUCUUACGCGCCAAUCGGAAGCGGACUAUGCGCUUCCAGACUUUGUGUCGCAUGUCUCCAACGUCGGCCGCAUGAUCGAGGACAUGGAGGCAAAGAUGCGCAACCAGCUUCAGGAGGUAUACUUUGGCAAAACACGAGAUGUGGUCAGUCACCUGCGAAGCACGCAAAGCUUGGAGAAGGAGCGCAGGGCGAAAGACCUGCAGAAGGAGCUUAUGGGUCUGUGGAAGAAGUAG